CAUCGUAGGUGUACAACUUCGCGGUCUGCCACGGCGACGUACUGUUCUUGGCACAGUUUCUGAUCAUCUCCUAUUGCGAGCGGAUCGCGCUGGACCUAAUAUCAUUGCGCCUCGCGCCACCCAAAUUUCUGUGAAGCCCCUCUGAAAUCUCUCUUCCGGUUGUUUAACAUUUGGAAUCCGCGCACCCCAUAGCCUAGAGGCGACAUCUUCGAUCUUUCCAAGUCAACGAUUUUUCUUUGAAAAAUGCAACUCACGACGUGUUGCAAAUGUUAUUCGUUAAAAACGGGGACAUUGUUCACUGGAAUAUUGGGCAUAGUCUUAUCAAUUAUCUCAUUGAUCUUAAUCUUUACUUUAAAUGUCGAAUGGAAAACAAUAUUGAUUGACAUUGUAGACCAGAGCAUCGUCAGGAUCAUUUUUGCGAUAAAUUUGUGCAUGACGAUUUUGAUUUCAACAUUGCUUAUAGUUGGCGCUCUUAAGAAAAAAACAUUUUUAAUGCUACCAUGGGUAGUUUUGGGUUUAAUCUUAGCAGUUGGUUUAUUAGUGAGUGUCCUCUAUACGUCCAUCAUGUUCUUUAUAUAUCAUGACGUAAUAAUUGGAAUUCUGUGGCUCAUUAUUGGCCUCCUAACCAUUGUAAUCUAUGUAUAUUUGUGGUUGGUAGUGUACAGUUAUUUCCAACAAUUAAGGUAUGAUAAAAUGAGUAGCCGAAUCGACCCAUAUGGAAGACCUUAUAAUUAUCGAAGACCUUAAAAACAAAUCGAUAAUUUCACAAAGAAGAAAAUGAUCAAUACUUCUUAUAUUUUCUUUUCACAAAAUAAUUAGACUAUUUUUUUUUAAAAUAAAAAAUCAAAAAAAAUAAUAAAAAUAAAUUAUAUAUGAAAGAAUAGUCUAAUUAUUUUGGGAGAAAUUAUAUACUUAAUGAUCAAUUAGCACAAUCGCACCAAAGCACGAGACGCCUUUCGUCGAUAAAGAAUUUAUCGAAAACCGCAGAAUCAUAUUUGUAAAAUAAGAUUAAUAGUCAUGAGUAGAUUAGAAUAUAUUUAUGGCAUCAAGAUGAUCACUCGAAUGAUUCAAUAUUUUUUAUAUAUUUAUUUUUAACAAUUUUUUUUGCAUAAAAAGUUGAAACUUUAUAUUAUGUACAUAUAUUUCAUAAAUAUAUUUCGUAUUCUUAAAAUAAAAAUUAAAUUAUUAAACGAAAUAUAUAAUACAUAAUCAAAAUGAAUCAUUCAUACAUCGAAAAUAUCAAAGUUUUUUCUAAUUUUCUUCAUAUAGAUGAGAUUACAAAUAAGACAAAACUUUAUUUAUAUUUUCACUGCUGGAAACAAAAUUUUAACCUCAUUUCAUGUUUACUAACGGCAAUCGUAAAGAAUGACAACGAAAAACGAAGAGAGAUUGAGAAAUAUUAAAGAAAUUUAUUAUGAACUAUUGUAUUGCUCUGAAAUUAUUCGCUUCACUGGGUUCAAAGGAGACUCUCGAUCAUAUAUCCGCGAUAAGAGCAUAUCACGAAUAAAUACCGUAUAUAAUACUGAACCGAAAAACGAGCAUCGUUCGAGGGUAUAAAAACAAUUAUGAAACGCGUUUCAAAUGGAUCUACAAGAAAACAACGCCUUUUUUUUUUUUCAAGAACCGACACUAUUGUCGAUUCGUUAUUGCGAUAUCAAAAAGACGAGGCUGAUCCCUAGCGAGAUGAAAAUAGAUUCCAUUUUCAAGGAUAACGAAAAUAUUAAGCGUAUGUAAAAAUAUACGCGUUGCCACACUGCAAGAACCAGUCUCCUACGCAAGGUUAACGACUGAUUUUAUUUAUUUUUCCUACUCCCCACUUUUAUUUCUCUUUUAUUCUUUCUACCGCGUAAUAUACAUUUGUAAUUAUUGUUACAAACUAUGAAAAAUAAAUUAUUAUUUGUUUGUA